GCGCACGUGAGUCAGCGUUGAAAGUCAACUUGCCGCGUGGACGGGAGCGCGCGUGUCACCGUCACGGUCAGAGUCCGCCGUUACAUCAAAGUGCGCGCGCGCGUGCGCGAGAGUCCCGUGAACGUCGCGCGCGUGUCCCGCCCGGCACCAAACAGGGCCUUUUAAGGGGACGCGCAGACGUUUUUGCCGCCCCCCCCUUAAGACCUUCUUGUGGGGUACUUUCAGGACUUGGUCCGACCUCAGGACGAGUCCAAGAUGACGUCAGUGUGGAAAAGACUUCAGCGCGUCGGGAAAAAAGCGUCAAAGUUUCAGUUUGUGGCUUCUUACCAGGAAGUCGUCGUGGAGUGUAAGGAGAAAUGGCAACCAGACAAGCUGCGGGUGGUGUGGACCAGGAGGAACCGACGCAUGUGCACAAAGCUGCACAGUUGGCAGCCCGGCAUCAAGAACCCAUACCGUGGAACGGUUCUGUGGCAAGUCCCGGAGAACAUGGACAUCUCCGUCACACUUUUCAAGGACGCCGGCGCCGACGUCUUCGAGGACAAAGAGUGGACCUUCGUCCUGGAGGGUGAGAGCAAAGGCCACCGCAAGGUCCUGGCGUCGGCCGGCGUCAACCUGAAGAACUUCGCCAGUCUCACGCCGACCCAGACGGACCUGAACCUGCGCCUGAAGCCGCUCUCCGUCAAGGUGGUGGAGGCCUCGCUCAGGCUGUCGCUGGCGUGCAUCUUCGUCCGAGAGGGGAAAGCCACAGACGAGGACAUGCAGAGCCUCGCCAGCCUGAUGAGCGUCAAACCCGACGUGGCCAACAUGGACGAUUUCAACGAGAGCGACGAGGACGGCGACGACGCCAAGGCGGCGGUCGUUCCACGCACUCUCACCCGCCCCAAUCGCCCCGCCCCCCCUCCGCCUGAGCCCGCUGACACCUUGCCAGCGGCUGUCCCGUAUCAGCGGCGCCCGCCGGAGGACCCGACGCCACACGCCGCCAGCGCCGCGUCGGCCCAUGUUUUCGCAGCUCAACUUGUCAAGUCCGACCCCCGCCCUCCCUCCCCCUCGCCAUUCAGCGCCGAAGCCCCGCCCCUCGCGGCGACCGCCUCCGUAGCCCCUCCCAUCGCUGGUAACGUCCUCCCGGUGCCCCUGUUGAGUCGCCCUGACCUCGACGCCCUCUGUGAGCCCGCCCCCCCGACUCUCCGCCCCGCCCUCCCGCCUUCCUCGCCGCCCCGCUCGUCCUCUCAGCUCAGGGCCCCGCCCACAGAGGCCACGCCCCCACUCGACCUCGCCGCGAAGACCGCAGCACCUGUUGCCAAGGAAGCCGAUGACAUCACAGCAUCCAACCCACCAAUCGCAGCACAGCACGGCAAGGUGGCAGGGGAGGGCAGUCCCGCCCCUCCCCAAUCUGAGGCUGUAAUAGCCCCGCCUCCUCCGUGGCCCUUUUGCGAGAGCUCCGCCCCCCAGCCGCCCUCCUCCACGGCCAAGCAAUCAAAAGGAGGCACGAGCCUCCUCUCUCACCACCGCUCCACCUUGGACGAGCAGGAGGGCGAGCGAGGAGAGGAGAGGAAGCGACGUGAGCAGGAGAGGAGGAGGCUGGUGGAGGAGGAGAAGAGGAGACUGUUGAAGGAGCAGGAGGAGGCCAGGAAGCUGAAGGAGAGGAGGAGGCGCGAGCAAGACCGACUCCUGGAGGAAUGGAACAUCAUGCGAGAAGAGGAGGACAGGAGGAGGAGGAGCACGUUGGUGCAGAAAGAGAAGGAGCAGCAGAAAUGGAAAGACAAGGAGGAACGACAACAAGAGAGGUGGAGCAGAGAGGGAGAGACGAAGGUGGUCCACAGAUUAGAGGAGAAAGCGAGGAAGGAGGAGACGAGGAAAAAGGAGGAGGAAGAGAGUGAUACAAGGAAGGAAGAAGAUGCGAAGAGAAGGAGCGAGGAGGAUAGGAGAGAGAAAGAAGGAGAGGAGAAAAGACAUGAAGAAAGGAGGAGAUACGAAGAGGAGGUGAGAAGGAGAAAGAGGGAGAAGGAACGGGAGGAGAUGGAGCAGAGGAGAAAAGAGGAGGAGGCGGGAAAGAGGGCAGAGGAAGUGAGGAGGAACAAGGAGGAGGAGGAGAGGAAGAGGAAAGAUGAAGCGGAGCAGCAGAGAGUCAAGGAGGUAAAGAGGAGGCUGGAGGAGGAGGAGAGGAAUAAAAAAGGGGAAGAGGAGAGGAAGAAAAAGGAGGAAGAGAGAAAAAUUAAGGAGGAAAAAGAGAGGAAGAGGAUUGAGGAGGAGAGAAAGAAACAGGAAGAAGAGAGGAGGAGGAAGGAUGAGGAAAGCAGGAAGAAGCUGGAAGAGGAAAGAAAGAGGAAGGAGGGAGAGGAGAGGAAGAAAAAAGAGGAAGAAGAGAGGAAACAGAAGGAUGAGGUGGAGAGGAGGAAGAAACUGGAAGAGGAAAAAGAACAAAAGGAAAAUGAGAAGAAGAAAAAGGAGGAAGGGGAGAGAAAGGAAAUGGAGGAAAAGAAACGGCAGGAGAAAGGCCGGCUGGAGGAGGAGAAGAAGAUGAAAAAGGAGGAAGAGGAGAGAAAGAGGAAGGAGGGAGAGGAGAGGAAGAAAAAAGAGGAAGAAGAGAGAAAACAGAAGGAUGAGGUGGAGAGGAGGAAGAAACUGGAAGAGGAAAAAGAACAAAAGGAAAAUGAGAAGAAGAAAAAGGAGGAAGGGGAGAGAAAGGAAAUGGAGGAAAAGAAACGGCAGGAGAAAGGCCGGCUGGAGGAGGAGAAGAAGAUGAAAAAGGAGGAAGAGGAGAGAAAGAGGAAGGAGGAAGAUGAGAAGAGGAAGAAGGUGGAAAGGGAGAGAAAGAAGGAGGAAGAGGAGCUGAAGAGAAAGGAGGAAGAGAGAAAAAUUAAGGAAGAAAAGGAGAGGAAGAGGAAUGAGGGGGAGAGAAAGAAAGAGGAAGAAGAUGAGAGGAGGAAGGAUGAGGAACGAAGGAAGAAGCUGGAAGAGGAUGAAAUGAAAGAGGAGGAGGUAAAGAAAAAGAAGGAAGAGGAAGGAAAGAGGAAGAUGGAGGAGGAGGGGAAGAAAAAAGAAGAGGAGGACAGGAAGAAAAAGGAGGAAGAGAGAAAGAUUAAGGAGGAAAAGGAGAGGAAGAGGAAUGAGGAGGAGAGAAAGAAACAGGAAGAAGAGGAGAGGAGGAAGAAGCUAGAAGAGGAAAGAAAGAGGAAAGAGGAAGAGGAGAGAAAAAGAAAGGAUGAGGUGGAGAGGUGGAAGAAGCUAGAAGAGGAAAAAGAACGGAAGAAAAAGGAAGAAGAGGAGAGAAAGAAAAGGGAGGAAGAGGAGAGAAAAAGGAGGGAUGAGGUGGAGAGGAGGAACAAGCUAGAAGAGAAAAAAGAACAAAAGGAAAAGUUGAGGAAGAAAAAGGAGGAAGAGGAGAGAAAGGAAAAAAAGAGGCAGGAGAAAGAUCGACUGGAGGAGGAGAAGAUGAAAAGGAACGAAGAGGAGGUAAAGAAAAAGGAGGAAGAGGAACGAAAGAGGAAGGAUGAUGAGAGAAAGAAAACCGAGGGGGAGGAGAGGAAGAAAAAAGAGGAAGAGGAGAGGAAACGGAAUGAUGAGGCGGAGAGGUGGAAGAUGCUUGAGGAGGAAAAUAAACAGAAGGAAAAGGAGGAGGAAAAAAGGAGAGAAGAAGAAGAGAUGGAGAAGAGAAGAAAGGAGGAGGUUAAAAAAAAAGAAGACAUAAAGAGGCAGCAGGAAGAGGAGAGGACAUGUCUCCAUCUGCUGGACAAAAGCUGCAUGACACCUUCAAGUCUCAGCCAAUCAGCAGAGAGCAAGUCACUCAAUCAGAGGGAAAGUGUUGAGGUCGACGCCAAGGCCCCGCCUCCCACCCUCCAAGGGGACUCCUCCCAGCCGGACCACAAGGCGCCACCAAAGACUGCAGGGGAGGGGGACAACCCGUGGAGGAUGGGGGAGGGGACAGCAAAGGGGGCGGGACCUCGGAGGAAGGAGGAAGAGGAGGAGUCAGUAGGACCUGCUGUCCGCCAUGGCGACCAUGAUGAAAGUGGCGCCGACAUGAAGAUGGCGGAGACUCACCAUGACACCAAAAUGGCCACCAUUUCCGAAGAAGAAGAAGAAAGUCCUAACAUCUGCCCUGUGGAGGAGGAGGAGCGGCUCCUAUUGGCUAAAAUCCACGUGAUGACCUUUGAUACGUCCCCGGUCACCAGGAAGCGCCUCGUUCCUGCCCCAGGAGAGAUCCACCAUGACGUCCUGGAGGCGGUGUCCGACAUCCCGGCGAAUGGCGGGGAGUCGCCAAAGCGGAGGCGAGAAGAGGACGCGUCACCUGACCAAUGGGGCGCCCCCCCUGAUGGCGUGUCACGUCAGUCCGGUAGCACACCAGUCAGAGAGGAGGCUGAUGGGAAGGACGACAACGGCGGCGAGGACCUGGUGACCCCCAGCCAGUUGCUGCUGAGGUGGUGUCAGGAGGUCACGGCCGACUACGCCGGGGUCCGGGUCACCAACUUCAGCACUUCCUGGAGGAACGGCUUGGCCUUCUGCGCCAUCCUGCACCACUUCCACCCCGACCUCAUAGAUUUUGAUUGCCUGAAGUCACAUGACAUCAAAAUGAACAACAAGAAGGCCUUUGACGCCUUGGAGUCCUUGGGCAUCUCCCGCCUGCUGGAGCCGUCAGACAUGGUCCUGCUGUCGGUCCCAGACCGCCUCAUCGUGAUGACGUACCUCAGCCAGAUCCGGGCACACUUCACCCAGCAGGAGCUCAGCGUGCUGCACAUCGAGCGCAACGCCGGCCAAUCCAGCUACGGCCCCGCCCUCGCCGGCCCGCCGCCCUCCGACGUCCAGGCCGCCGCCUUCUGUGUGGCGCGGCUCAAUGAGGGGGAGGGACUGCAAGAGGGAGGGGCCUCCUUGCUGGUACCGCCCCCCAGAUCCAAGAGAACCACCCAAGGAGAGGUCCCGGGUCCCAAGUCCAGCUCCCAGGCCGCCAAGUCCAGACCUCCGCAGGGCGAGGGCGAAAGCAUCAACCCGGCCUCGGGAACCACGCGGGAACCUGAGGACAAGACCAUGCGCCUGCAGGACACGGGUCAGUACGUGCUGAGCGAGCUGGUGGCGUUGGAGGCGGAGCAAAAGCACAUCGACACCAGGGCGGCGGUGGUGGAGCGGCGCCUGCGGAGCCUCAUGGAGACGGGAAGUGACCGCCACGAGGAGGAGAGGCUGAUCCAGGAGUGGUUCACGCUGGUCAACAAGAAGAACGCUCUGAUACGGCGACAGGACCACCUGGAGCUUUUGCAGGAGGAACAGGACCUGGAGAGAAAGUUUGAACUGCUGACGCGGGAGCUGCGAGUCAUGAUGGCGAUUGAAGACUGGCAGAAGUCGCGCGCUCAUCACGAGCGUGAGCAGCUUCUCCUCCAGGAGCUGGUGUCCCUGGUCAACCAGCGCGAUGACGUCAUCAGAAGCAUGGACGCCAAGGAGCGAGGGGCGCUGGAGGAGGACGAGCGUCUGGAGCGCGGCCUCGCCAUGAGGAGGAGGAAGUACGACGACAAGGACAAGUGCGUCCUGCAGUGACACGCCCACGCCAGCGCGUGUUUGGACGUGUUGCCGUGGCGACUGAACACUUUUAUUUAAGAGUACGUGUGUUGGUGUGUAGAUUUCUACUUCAUGCUGUGUACUUCCAUGUAGUUUUUGUACCCGAUGGCAUGAGCUGGACUCAACACGGCGGCCGCCUGUUCGGUGGGUGGGAGCGAUACGGUACGACGGUGCGAUCUGUGGUGUUACCAGUGGGACGUUGGUGACGAUAUCAGUGACAUCUAUGAUGACCUCAUUGUUUAUAUCAACAACAUCCAUGAUGCUACCAGUGGAGAUAUCAGUGGGACACUGGGGGUGAUAUCAGUGACAUCAACGAUGACCUCAUUGAUGAUAUCAGGAAGAUUAGUGGCGGUAUCCCGACAUUCAUGAUGUUAUCAGCAGAUAUAUGAAUGACGUCAGUGUGACAUCAUCAUUGGUAAUAUCAAUGAUAUUCAAGACAUCGUCAGUGGCAGUAUCAAUAUGACAUUUGGUGACAAUUGCUGUGAUAUCUACGAUGACAUCAUUGACAACAACAGUAAGAUUAGUGGCGAUAUCACGACACACAUGAUGUUACCAGCGGCAAUAUCGAUGACAGUAUGACAUUAGUGGCGCUGUCAAUGAUAUCCACAUCAUCAGCAGCAGUAUCAAUAUAACAUUUGGUGACAAUUUCAGUGACAUCAGCGUGACGUCUAACGUGACGAUAUCAGUGACAUCUACGAUGACAUCAUUGACGAUAACAGUAAGAUUAGUGGCGAUAUCACAACAUCUAUGAUGCUAUCAGCGGCAAUUUCGAUGACGUCAAUAUGAAAUGAUCAGUGGCGAUAUCAGUAAUAUCACAACAUCAUCACGGCAGUAUCAAUAUAACGUUUGGUGAUCAUUUCAGUGACAGCGUGACGUCUAUGGCGACGAUAUCAGUGACAUCUACGAUGACAUCAUUGACGAUAACAGUAAGAUUAGUGGCGAUAUCACGACAUCUAUGAUGCUAUCAGCGGCAAUUUCGAUGACGUCAAUAUGACGUUAUCAGUGGUGAUAUCAGUGAUAUCACACCAUCAUCACGGCAGUAUCAAUAUAACGUUUGGUGAUCAUUUCAGUGACAGCGUGACGUCUAUGGUGACGAUAUCAGUGAAUCUGCGAUGACAUCAUUGACGAUAACAGUAAGAUUAGUGGCGAUAUCACGACAUCUAUGAUGCUAUCAGCGGCAAUAUCGAUGACGUCAAUACGAAAUGAUCAGUGGUGAUAUCAGUGAUAUCACACCAUCAUCACGGCAGUAUCAACAUAACGUUUGGUGACAAUUUCAGUGACAUCAGCGUGACGUCAAUGGUGACGAUAUCAGUGACAUCUACGAUGACAUCAUUGACGUAACAGCAAGAUUAGUGGCGAUAUCACGACAUCUAUGAUGCUAUCAGCGGCAAAAUCAAUGAUGUCAGUAUGAAAUGAUCAAUGGCGAUAUCAGUGAUAUCCACAACAUCAUCACAGCAGUAUCAAUAUAACGCUUAGUGAUCAUUUCAAUGACAGCGUGACGUCAAUGGUGACGAUAUCAGUGACAUCUGCGAUGACAUCGUUGACGAUAACAGUAAGAUUAGUGGCGAUAUCACGACAUCUAUGAUGCUAUCAGCGGCAAUUUCGAUGACGUCAAUAUGAAAUGAUCAGUGGCGAUAUCAGUGAUAUCACACCAUCAUCACGGCAGUAUCAAUAUAACGUUUGGUGACAAUUUCAGUGACAUCAGUGUGACGUCAAUGGUGACGAUAUCAGUGACAUCUACGAUGACAUCAUUGACGAUAACAGCAAGAUUAGUGGCGAUAUCACGACAUCUACGAUGCUAUCAGCGGCAAUAUCAAUGAUGUCAGUAUGACAUCAGUUGCGAUAUCGGUGCAUCCAUGACAUCAUCAGUGGCGAUAUCAGUGAUAACCACAACAUCAGUGGCAGUAUUAAUACGACAUUUGGUGACAUCAGUGUGACGAUAUCAGUGAAUCUGCGAUGACAUCAUUGACGAUAACAGUAAGAUUAGUGGCGAUAUCACGACAUCUAUGAUGCUAUCAGCGGCAAUUUCGAUGACGUCAAUAUGACAUUAUCAGUGGCGAUAUCAGUGAUAUCCACAACAUCAUCACGGCAGUAUCAAUAUAACUUUUGGUGACAAUUUCAGUGACAUCAGCGUGACGUCUAUGGUGACGAUAUCAGUGACAUCUGCGAUGACAUCAUUGACGAUAACAGUAAGAUUAGUGGUGAUAUCACGACAUCUAUGAUGCAAUCAGCGGCAAUAUCGAUGACGUAAUUAUGAAAUUAUCAGUGGCGAUAUCAGUAAUAUCACAACAUCAUCACGGCAGUAUCAAUAUAACGUUUGGUGACAAUUUCAGUGACAUCAGCGUGACGUCUAUGGUGACGAUAUCAGUGACAUCUACGAUGACAUCAUUGACGAUAACAGUAAGAUUAGUGGCGAUAUCAUGACAUCUAUGAUGCUAUCAGCUGCAAUAUCGAUGACGUCAAUAUGAAAUUAUCAGUGGCGAUAUCAGUGAUAUCCACAACAUCAUCACGGCAGUAUCAAUAUAACGUUUGGUGAUCAUUUCAGUGACAUCAGCGUGACGUCAAUGGUGACGAUAUCAGUGACAUAUAUGAUGAUAUCAGCGGCAAUUUCGAUGACGUCAAUAUGACAUUAUCAGUGGCGAUAUCAGUGAUAUCCACAACAUCAUCACGGCAGUAUCAAUAUAACGUUUGGUGAUCAUUUCAGUGACAGCAGCGUGACGUCAAUGGUGACGAUAUCAGUGACAUCUACGAUGACAUCAUUGGCGAUAACAGCAACAUUAGUGGCGAUACCACGACAUCUACGAUGCUAUCAGCGGCAAUAUCGAUGACGUCAAUAUGACAUCAGUGGCGAUAUCAGUGAUAUCCACAACAUCAUCACGGCAGUAUCUUUAUAAUGUUUGGUGACAAUUUAAGUGACAUCAGCGUGACGUCUGUGGUGACGAUAUCAGUGACAUCUACGAUGACAUCAUUGACGAUAACAGCAAGAUUAGUGGCGAUAUCACGACAUCUACGAUGCUAUCAGCGGCAAAAUCAAUGAUGUCAGUAUGACAUCAGUGGCGAUAUCGGUGACAUCCAUGACAUCAUCAGUGGCAAUAUCAGUGAUAACCACAACAUCAGUGGCAGUAUUAAUACGACAUUUGGUGACAUCAGUGUGACGAUAUCAGUGACAUCAUUGACAUAACAGCAAGAUUAGUGGUGAUAUCACGACAUCUAUUAUGCUACCAGCGGCAAUAUCAAUGAUGUCAAUAUGACAUCAGUGGCGAUAUCGGUGACAUCCAUGACAUCAGUGGCGAUAUCGGUGAUAUCCAUGACAUCAUCAGUGGCAGUAUCAAUACGACAUUUGGUGACAUUAUUGACAUAACAGUAAGAUUAGUGGCGAUAUCACGACAUCCAUGAUGUUAUCAGCGCCAAUAUCAAUGACGUCAGUAUGACAUCAUCAGUGGGGAUAGCAGUGACAUCCAUGACAUCGUCAGUGGCGAUAUUGGUGAUAUCCACAUCAGCGGCAGUAUCAAUAUGAAAUUAGGUGACAUCAGUGUGACAUAAAUGGUGACGAUAUCGGUGACAUCAUUGACUACAACACCAAGAUUAAUGGCGAUAUCACGACAUCAGGAUAUCGGCGGCAAUAUCAAUGACGUCAGUAUGACAUCAGUGGUACUUUCGGCGACAUCCAUGACAUCAUCAGUGGCGAUAUCAGUGAUAUACACAACAUGAGCGGCAGUAUCAAUAUGACACUUGGUGACAAUUUCCAUGACGUCCGUUGUGACGGCAUUCAUGAUGACAUCAUUGGUGGCGAUAUUUGGGACAUCUACGAUGACCUCAUUGACGAUACCAGUGACAUCGUCACUGACGUAUUCAGUGGCAAUAUCAGUGAUAUCCACAACAUCAGCGGCAGUAUCAAUAUAACGUUCGGUGACGUCAAAGGUGACGAUAUCAGUCACAUCUACGAUGACAUCAUUGACGAUGACCAUAAGAUUAGUGGUGAUAUCCCGACAUCCAUGAUGUUAUCAGCGGCAAAAUAUCAAUGACGUGUGUAUGACAGUGGCGAUAUUGGUGACAUCCACAACAUCAGUGGCAGUAUCAAUAUGACAUUUGGUGACAUCAGUAUGACGUAAACGGUGACGAUAUUGGUGACAUCAUUGACAAUAACACUUAAGAUUAGUGGCGAUAUCACAUCAUCCAUGAUAUCAAUAUAACGUGAUGUACACACCAUCAGCGGCAGUAUCAAUAUAACCUUUGGUGACAUCAGUAUGACGUCAAUGGUGACGAUAUCAGUGACAUCUACGAUGACAUUGACGAUAAAAGUAAGAUUAGUGGCGAUAUCACGACAUCUAUGAUGCUAUCAGCUGCAAUUUCGAUGACGUCAAUAUGAAAUGAUCAGUGGCGAUAUCAGUGAUAUCCACAACAUCAUCACAGCAGUAUCAAUAUAACGUUUGGUGACAAUUUCAGUGACAGCGUGACGUCUAUGGUGACGAUAUCAGUGACAUCUGCGAUGACAUCAUUGACGAUAACAGUAAGAUUAGUGGCGAUAUCACGACAUCUACGAUGCUAUCAGCGGCAAUAUCGAUGAUGUCAGUAUGACAUCAGUUGCGAUAUCGGUGCAUCCAUGACAUCAUCAGUGGCAAUAUCAGUGAUAACCACAACAUCAGUGGCAGUAUUAAUACGACAUUUGGUGACAUCAGUGUGACGAUAUCAGUGACAUCAUUGACAUAACAGCAAGAUUAGUGGUGAUAUCACGACAUCUAUUAUGCUACCAGCGGCAAUAUCAAUGAUGUCAAUAUGACAUCAUCAGUGGCGAUAUCGGUGAUAUCCACAACAUCAGUGGCAGUAUCAAUACGACAUUUGGUGACAUCAUUGACAUAACAUUAAGAUUAGUGGCGAUAUCACGACAUCCAUGAUGUUAUCAGCGCCAAUAUCAAUGACGUCAGUAUGACAUCAUCAGUGGGGAUAGCAGUGACAUCCAUGACAUCGUCAGUGGCGAUAUUGGUGAUAUCCACAUCAGCGGCAGUAUCAAUAUGAAAUUAGGUGACAUCAGUGUGACAUAAAUGGUGACGAUAUCGGUGACAUCAUUGACUACAACACCAAGAUUAAUGGCGAUAUCACGACAUCAGGAUAUCGGCGGCAAUAUCAAUGACGUCAGUAUGACAUCAGUGGUACUUUCGGCGACAUCCAUGACAUCAUCAGUGGCGAUAUCAGUGAUAUACACAACAUGAGCGGCAGUAUCAAUAUGACACUUGGUGACAAUUUCCAUGACGUCCGUUGUGACGGCAUUCAUGAUGACAUCAUUGGUGGCGAUAUUUGGGACAUCUACGAUGACCUCAUUGACGAUACCAGUGACAUCGUCACUGACGUAUUCAGUGGCAAUAUCAGUGAUAUCCACAACAUCAGCGGCAGUAUCAAUAUAACGUUCGGUGACGUCAAAGGUGACGAUAUCAGUCACAUCUACGAUGACAUCAUUGACGAUGACCAUAAGAUUAGUGGUGAUAUCCCGACAUCCAUGAUGUUAUCAGCGGCAAAAUAUCAAUGACGUGUGUAUGACAGUGGCGAUAUUGGUGACAUCCACAACAUCAGUGGCAGUAUCAAUAUGACAUUUGGUGACAUCAGUAUGACGUAAACGGUGACGAUAUUGGUGACAUCAUUGACAAUAACACUUAAGAUUAGUGGCGAUAUCACAUCAUCCAUGAUAUCAAUAUAACGUGAUGUACACAACAUCAGCGGCAGUAUCAAUAUAACCUUUGGUGACAUCAGUAUGACGUCAAUGGUGACGAUAUCAGUGACAUCUACGAUGACAUCAUUGACGAUAACAGUAAGAUUAGUGGCGAUAUCACAUCAUCCAUGAUGUUAUCAGCGGCAAUAUCAAUGACGUGAGUAAUGACAUCAGUGGCGAUAUCGGUGACAUCAGUGGCAGUAUCAAUAUGACAUUUGGUGACAUCAGUGUGACGUAAACGGUGACGAUAUUGGUGACAUCAUUGACAAUAACACUAAGAUUAGUGGCGAUAUCACAUCAUCCAUGAUAUCAAUAUAACGUGAUGUACACAACAUCAGCGGCAGUAUCAAUAUAACCUUUGGUGACAUCAGUGUGACGUCAAUGGUGACGAUAUCAGUCACAUCUACGAUGACAUUAUUGACGAUAACCAUAAGAUUAGUGGCGAUAUCACAACAUCCAUGAUAUCAGCGGCAAUAUCAAUGACGUCAGUACGACAUCAUCAGUGGUAAUAUCGGCGACAUCCAUGACAUCAGUGGCGAUAUCCGUGAUAUACUCAUUGAUGAUACCAAUGACAUCGUCAAUGAUGUCAUCAGUGGCAAUAUCAACGAUAUCCACAUCAUUAGCGGCAGUAUCAAUAUAACGUUUGGUGACAUCAGUGACAUCUACGAUACCCAUAAGAUAAGUGGUGAUAUCACAACAUCCAUGAUAUCAGCGGCAAUAUCAAUGACGUCAGUACGACAUCAUCGGUGGUAAUAUCGGCGACAUCCAUGACAUCAGUGGCGAUAUCCGUGAUAUACUCAUUGAUGAUACCAAUGACAUCGUCAAUGAUGUCAUCAGUGGCAAUAGCAACGAUAUCCACAUCAUUAGCAGCAGUAUCAAUAUAACGUUUGGUGACAUCAGUGUGACGUCAAUGGUGACGAUAUCAGUGACAUCUACGAUACCCAUAAGAUUAGUGGCGAUAUCCCGACAUCCAGGCUGUUAUCAGCGGCAAAAUCAAUGACGUCAGUAUGAUAUCAUCAGUGGCGGUAUCGGUGACAUCCAUGACAUCGUCAGUGGUGACAUCCACAUCAUCAGCGGCAGUAUCAAUAUGACAUUUGGUGACAGUAUGACAUAAAUGGUGACGAUAUCGGUGACAUCAUUGACAAUAACACUAAGAUUAGUGGCGAUAUAACAACAUCCAUGAUAUCAGCGGCAAUAUCAACGAUUUCAGUAUGACAUCAUCAAUGCUAAUAUUGGCGACAUCCAUGACAUCAUCAGUGAUACACACAACAUCAGCGGCAGUAUCAAUAUGACAUUUGGUGACAAUUUCAUUGACAUCAGUGUGAUGGGAUGUCAGUGGUGACAGUAUCCGUGACAUCGGUGAUGACAUCAUUGCUGGCGAUAUCAGUGACAUCUACGAUGACCUCAAUGACAUCAUCAUGUCAUCCGGUGGAAUAUCAGUGCUGCAUCAUUGGUGACGAUAUCAGUGACAUCCUGGUGCUCUCUAACAUUAUUGGCAUUAUUAGGGACAUUGAUGACAUCAUCAGUGAAAAUAUCAGCAUGACAUCAUUGGUGACAUCAUUGAUGACAUCAGCAACAUCCGUGUUGCAAGUGGGAAUAUCAAUGAGAGUGAUGACGUCAGUGUCGAUAUCUGUGUGACACGGGUGAUGAUGUCAGUGUCAUUUGUGAUAACAUCAUUGAUACCAGUGACAUUGGUGGCAAUAUCGCCGACGGAAUCGGUGACGAUAUCAAAAGUGGCCAUUUCGAUGGCGCCCGUGACGUCAUCAGCGGCCAUACCGGCCUCCACAUGCUGCAGGAUGCAGUCACGUCAGCGGCCAGGGGGCGGGGCCAACUGUUGGACUCCUUUUCGGCCGGCAGGUGGCGCCACCGAACCUAUGCUUGGAAAAUGUGGAAUAAUGUUUGAGAAAAAAAAAAAAAAAAACAGAAUCUUAUUAAAAAAAACACGAUAUUUAUUACAA